GAACCCUCUCAAUCAACCUAUAACACCAACGUUGUUACACACAAGGGUUGGUGGUUGUUACAUCACUAGCAACAACAAUAAAAAAUAACACUGUUCCAAUUCCAACCUCACAUGUCACACCACCACCACCACCACCACUUUUUUUAGCGCCAACAGGGUUAUCAUGUUCAGAUUUCUAUCAGAAAUAGGUACUUAUUGAAGGGAAGUUUGUAUCAUAAGUAAACUACUUUGCUCAGAUAAUCGACCGGGAUAACAAUGGUAAGCUUAAGAAGACGAAGACUUUUGGGACUAUGCUCAGGAAAUAGUUCAUUUGUUACUCCACUGCCUCUCUACUGUGAGAAUCUAGCUCAGUACGAAAAUCCACGACAGAAUGCUAAUCCUAGUAGCGAACAAUCUGUGGUUUCGGAUAUUGCAAGUGUCUUGGACAGUGUAGGAACACAGAAUUCCCAGAACACCAUUGUGAAAGAUGAAUCAGGAUCAUCAAAUGUAUCCGGUUCUAGCCUUUCUAAAGAGCAACCUAGUCAACAACAAAGCACAGGGCUACCUGUUAAGCGUAGAAAGCAGCAUUCGAGAAAACCGAGAGAGAAUCAAGAAACAUGCUUAAUGAGAGGAGUAUAUUUUAAAAAUAAUAAGUGGCAAGCCGCCAUUAAGGUGGACAAGAAACAGAUCCACCUCGGGACCGUUGCAUCGCAGCAAGAAGCUGCUCGCUUGUACGACAGGGCCGCUUUCAUGUGUGGGAGGGAGCCGAAUUUCGAGCUUUCUGACGAAGAAAAACUUGAAUUAAGUCAGUUUAAAUGGGAAGAAUUCUUGGCUGUGACACGAGAGACGAUAGCCUGCAAAAAACACAAGAAAAGUCGAAGUUCAAGACUGCUCAGUGGAGUCGACGAACGUUCUGUCGCAUAGAGGUGAUUGUGAAAGUAAGGAAGUAGUGACUGACUUCUGUGUCGGUGAAGCGGAGAAAGAAACGUAUGUCCCAAAAAAUUUAUGAGUAAACUUUUAGCUCUAGCAAUUCAUUCUUUGCCGCAAGAUCCAUUUUCAAUUUUACUAAAUUCUUAACACAUUCAAAUUGAUACAGCUUAAACCAAUAAGUAGUAUAUAGAAGCAGUUCAUGAA